AUGCCCCCCAUCAGGGAAUCAAACCCCGUCCUAAGCUGUUCCCAAUGUCACCAAUCAUUCCAUUCUGAUUGCCAUGUUCCUGCCAUCGAACUGCUUCCCAGUGAAUGUGAUGCGCAUUUGUGGCGAUGCAACCGCUGCACAAGUCCUUCCGAAAACGUCUCAAAUGAGAACAGCGACAGACAUCUAUAUGGAAAGCCAUUGCCAAGAGUACAAUCCCCUGAACCUGUCUGGUCGGAUUAUCCGGUCGAUUUCGAAUCUCCUCCGCUUAAAAGGCACAAGACAACCAAAGAUCAACGCUCAGGAGGCUUGAGUGAUGUUCAGCGCCUAGCUUCAGGUCCCCAACACACGAUGCCAUUACCAUACUCUCUGGGACAUCAAUCCAGCUACUCUGAGCAGCUACGGCCAGAUGACAUCCACAGCGUUGGUCUUCCGACACCAAAUGGACAAUCUUAUGAAAGAGACGCCUGGCGAUCCGCAUCUGUACCCUUUACCAGCCGCCAACAAGUAGACAUUGGCUCAAGGAGCGCCCUUUCGAGCCAGGAUCAUUAUGAGAUUGCGGCAAGUAAAAUGCAAUUCACCACACAAACACGAGGACAGUUCUCAGCUGCACCGUCUGUAACGCGCACCACGUCUGCCAACGAGCGUUCUUCGAAAAAUGGAAUAGAUGAUUCAAAGGAAUUAUCCACCGUCUGCAAUGAUGCUUACCAGAGUUCCCAUCCUGAGGAUAGCCCCUUUGCUUCACCUAGGCGAAUGGUUGAAGAGUCAGCAUUCGUACCCUCCCGACACAUUGAUGGCUUCCAUGUCGAUCAUCUUGGUCGAGUUCCGCAGCCGAACGAUGGAUUUCAUGAGGAGCCAAACACACCUACCCCGCACAGAUGGAUCCUCUCGCAGCUGACCCAAAAUACGGCGGACGGGAAGGCCUUUUUGCAUAAAAAGGAACUGUCAGCUAAGAGCCCUUUGCAUAAGAGCUCGAAUAAUGAGUUAUCCGGCUUGCAUUUUACCGCGAUCAACGCGUCCGGAUCGAUUAGGGAGACUCAAACAGUGUACGAUAUCGAUGAGUCGGAGACAGAAAGCCACAUGGACGGAAAUCUUCCUUGUUUGGACAGGAAAUUAUCACUGGCCCGUGGAAGCUUGACAGUCACCGGCAACAGCAUUGAUGGUGAAGAGGACCAUACCCAAGAACCAACCAGUUUGCAGGACUCUUCCGGGAAUGAGAGUGACAACCAGCCACGACCAAGCCCAGAGAAGAACAAAUUUGAAAGGAUUCAGUGCUCCGGUUGCAAGAGUCAAGUUCCAUAUAUCUCAAGCAGAAGCAAGGAUAGAAUUCAGUGUGGAACUUGCAGGACAUCAACCUUCCCCCCUCGAAUACUUUCACUGCUCAAUCCUACGCCGUCCUACUCGGUGAACGGAAGACCUCAAGUGCUUGAAACACCCAGCUCUGCUCAGGAAGUCAUUGAAAUAGAUGAAACGGAUCAUGGGAAGGACGGAUGCAUGGAUGGAAGGAGUACGCAAGAUCCCAAUGUAUCAGAAACUCCUCGACAACAAGAACGGCGACAGAGCCCCCGCCUUAACGAGAAGAACAAUGCCAAAGAGUCGUAUUGGAGUUCAUUAGAUGGUUGCGAUGAUAAUGCUCAAUCAUCAAGAAUGUCCAACACCCCUCCAGCUUCGCGAAAACGGAGGUUGGAAGAUAUAUCAUCGGAUCCUGAGUUGAUCCCCAGCCCAAAUGGUGGAGCAAUAGAAAGAGAGAUCAUCGACAAGGAAAAUAUCGGAUCAAGGCCACGGAAGAAAAUCAAAUUUCUGGAUAUGAGCAUUGCGGGGCAAGUCCCGAACUUUGAUAUUCUGCGGGGGGAACUUGAAGAAAACCAGGAAGGCUGGAAAGUUUUAGCUCACCAGCGAGAAGAGGCCCUCAGGGUUCAGGAAGAGGAACUUCAAAAAGCACGAGACAAGAUACUCGCUCUGGAAGCAAAGGAAGCCGAGAUCGAGACAAUGCGACUCGAACUGGCUAGGCUCAAGCAGGAACAAAUGCGGAUAUCUCCUUCAAAGAUCAGCGAACAAGAACACCCGAAUCUCCCCAGGCUCGACACAAGCGACCCGGCCUCUACAGAGUGCGAGGCGCCGCAAACACUUGAUGAUCCCUCUAGCCCUCAAACAAACGAAGGACAUCAGUUUAUUUUAUCCGGAGAUGAUAUCUCUAAAUCCCAAUUUCCGGCAGGGUUUGAGACAUUCAUCAGAGAUCCUGAAAACUUGGAUUUUCGAGAAAAAGACUUUCUCAAAGCAUUCCCGGAAUUCCAUCAAGACAAUGUAUGGUUUGAUAGGGCAGCCAAGCUCGCGGAGAUUAGAGCACGGCCUUCCCGAAAAGAGUCUUUUGGCAAGCGCCUCGCAUUUUCCAGAGCAAGUCGUCACGGAAACCUCCAUCAUGAAUUACAACGGCAGGCCCCAGCACCAACGCAGAACGAAAGCUCAUCUGAACGCGACCCUAGCGCGAAUCGACAAAAGUCCUUCCAAGAGUUUUUUGGUAUACCAGAGAAAGUGAUACCUACAACCCAUGAAAAGGGGCUGGCAUACCGAGACGAGGCUCUUACGUCGAGCGGAAAACUUCGGCGGGCCAAAUUCAUGCAUAAUGUUGGACGAAACCCACUCGCGUAA